AGGCAACUCUUUGGAAAAUGUUGCCAUGGAGUUUGUAUUUCUGCCUUUUGGGCAUUGCAGAGAUAUUUGCUCUGCUUAGUAGCCUAAUUUCCAGCUGCUUAAAUGAGCCAUUUUGAAUAAACCCUCUUCUCAGUGAGUGUAAUGUAGAGACACAGAGGCACCUAGUGGACACAGGCUGUUACUACAUGUAACCACAGUACAUCUCCGGGCAGAGGGAAAGUGAAACUAAUAACAACCGUUACGGAAACGGUGGUGUGUGUGUGUAGCAACGGCGGGCGUGUUUACCGUGGUUGAAAAACGUUAGUCGGGAUGUUUGCUAGGCUUCGUGCCUGCAGCCGUAAUGGAGACCGACGCUUGGGACAAAAGCAGGACGGUGGUCGUGUCCGGUGUGCCCGACGUGCUACCCGUCAGCAGGAUGACCGACAAGCUGACUAUUCAUUUCCAAAGCUGCAGGAGGAGUCACGGAGGAGACGUCGAGGUGGUCAGAUAUCCCACCAACAUGGACGGAGUCGCGUUUGUCGCUUUUGACAAAGCUGAAGAUGCAGAGAGGGUGGUGCGAAAGGAGCAACAGAUCAUGACUGACGAUGAGUUUCCUGAAAACUACCUUCUCACUGUGUUCCCCUUCACUAGAGAUGUGUUUCUCUAUGUCCCCAGCGCUAUGGUCGAUCUCUCCGUAUUCGGCGGAGAUCAAGCGUCGCUGAUUCAGAGUCUGCAGUCAGCUCACAGGUCGCUUCGUUUCCGGCCUUUGCUCCAGCAAAGGAGAGCCACCAUUGAGGGGCCUUUCACUGCCGUCCAGGCUCUGAGAGAGGACCUCAUCCGCAGGGCCAGCCGGCUUAAAUCCACAAUCUUGGCCCCAGCCGCUGCCGUCAAACUAAGAGAAACUCCUCUUAAUCCGAGGGUAAUAUCUCAUCACAAGUUUGUCGGCUCUGUAAGCUGCAGCCGUUCUAAAGCUAAGCUGGAACCAGCGAGCUCAAACAGCUUAUCAACGCCGCUGCAGACCACAGGUGAGGGAACUGAUGUCCAAAGCCUGCUCUCAAAUGCAAAAACUCAAAACGCUUCCUCGAGGCAAAAAGUUUCCUAUGAGAAUUUGAGAGUAGGGAGCUUUUGCGACACACAAAGUGAUGAAAAGAGGGAGCAGAGAGCUUGGCCCAGGCUCGAAAUGCCCACAGAAUAUGGAACUGAGCGAGCAAAAGCCAACCCCAGACAAGCGCUCCGGGAGGAGAUCAAUGCAGGGAUUAGAGCUUCCUUAUCAGGCAUGGACUUGCUCCCUGCAGAGGGAAUAUCAGCAAAAAACCCAGGAGAAGACAAUAUUUCACAAAAACACACCAGACCAGACGGGAUUUCAGCAACCAAGCCCAGAAGAGAGAGUCAUUUGGGCUCCCACUACAGCCGUACUGACUAUCCGAAGGAAUCACCGCAGAGCAGCUCAGCCGUCACUGCUAAGCUCCUCCAGACUGGACUUAAAGAUGUCGCCAUGUCCUCCGAGAGCGACACGAGAGCAAUCUGUCCGGAGGAUACAUGCAUCUGGGUCGACUCGGACACAUUCAGAUACAUUGCAAAAUUUGACAAGAAGGAGUUCAACAGAUGCUUGAGAGGUCUUGAUGUGACCGCUGAGUAUGUUGAAGGAACCGACCUCGUGCGGAUAUUGUUGACUGAGAAGCAAACCUCCAAGACGUCCUCAAGGAUCCAGCAGGCCUUAGAAGACCUCAAGACCUUAGUGGAGUUUUGGAUGUCGACCUUAAGAGUUCAUCGGAUCUACUAUGAAGAGGAGGAGCAGCCUGAGAAAAAGAAACUGCUUCAGAUCUGCGAUGAUGUGAAUAUCCCGUCCAAUGACAUUCUAUACAUGUUGGAGGAUUCUUACGUAAAAGUCAUCGGCCCUUCAGUGUCUAGUCACCUGUUCUAUAAGAGAGUGGAGGAUAGAAUUAGUCGACUCAAAGGCACUCUUGUAAAUCCCUGAGAAUGUACUAGUUGGAGUAAAUAUAAGUGAAUGUACUUUUAUGACUGACCACAGGGUGGUGCCGUUGUGCAGCAUGUUGCCUUCACAAAACAAGCUCCUGCACAUUUUUUGUCUGAAAUCAACAUCUACCUUAUGUUAUUGUUACAAAUGCAAGUGUUUAGUUACAUUACAGCCACAGUUUUGAUUCCUGUGUUACACCGUUAUUACCGUUACCGGCUAAUAUUUCGAACUAUGCUUUUGCUUUCUCUGUGUUUCUAUGGUGAAACCCUUUUUGUUUUUGUGUGGAUUAAUAAUUAGGCCUUUAAACAGCAGGACUUAAUCCACACAAUGCUCUCACAGCAGUAGGGAUAAGUCUUAAUUAACCUCGUCACAUUUUAAUUACAACAGAUAGGCUUCUAAUUAAAAACAAAAAUGGCAGAUGCCAACCUGUCUCACAUAAUCACAUCUUCCUAUUCUGAGCUUAUAUAAUCAUUUCAUCAUUACAUGAGUUUAAAUUUUAUUUCAUUACAUAAAGCUGUCUGACGUCUCUGGUUUUUGCAGCAUGUCAGCUGGCAAUAAAUAAUUUUCUUUGAA